GAGAUUGCACAAUCGCAUGGGAAAGUGUGGUUAGCUUUGAUGAGCAUUCAAUGCAGCACCAUCUACCCAUACGGCCUUACCAAGGAUUCAUUAAUAAGUAGUACUGAGAAAAGCCACACAACCACCUCCCGCAGGCUCAUUCUCUUCCCUUCGCCAAGAACAUCUUGGUUGGAGUCAAAAGAACACGAGAAAGAACAAAAAGGGGAAUAUAAAGAAGAUUUAUUAAGAUGGAGGAUAAGAGGGAGAAGGGCAACAAUAUAAUAGUUGGUCAUCAGUCUCCAAUGGAGAGGGGAAUGGGAUCGCCACAAGAUGAUGAUAAUGGAAGCCCCGGAAUGCGCACUGCUGAGACUUUGCUCAGACUGUUGCCUGUGACCCUCUCAGUUGUGGCACUCGUGGUUAUGCUCAAAGACUCCCAAGCUAAUGAUGAUUUUGGCUCUGUCUCCUAUUCUGAUUUAGGAGCCUUCAGGUAUUUGGUACAUGCCAAUGGUAUCUGCGCUGGUUACUCCCUCUUGUCAGCCAUUUUAGUGGCUGUACCUCGCCCAUCAACCUUGGCUCGAGCAUGGAUUUUCUUCCUCCUUGACCAGGUGCUCGCAUAUGCAAUUCUAGGGGCAGGUGCUGUGUCCACGGAGGUGGUGUACCUGGCCUAUAAAGGAGAUCAAGCUGUUACAUGGAGUCAAGCUUGUGGAUCAUUCAAUGGGUUUUGUCGAAAAGCCACAGCUUCCGUAGCCAUAACAUUUGUCGUAAUGCUGUGUUAUGCAGGGCUUUCACUGAUAUCCUCUUACAGACUCUUCAGCAAAUAUGAUGCACCGGUUGGCUACAAUAACAAGGGGAUAGAGAUUGCUGCUUUCCGGGCCUGACCACAGUCAUAUGCAAUAAGCUACAAUCUUCCAAGCCAUUAGAUCUUACUAGCUAGCCUUGUAAACAGCCUAGUUUAAUAAGAUGCGUACGCUGCAUAGCCAGGAAAAAACUUGUUUGCUCAAAAGAUUUAAUCAGCCAGGCAGUUUGACUACAAUGCUAUGAUCAUUUAGCUAACAAAUGUCAUGUGUUGCACCAUUUUCACUUUCUCAAGGUGUAAUAGUGAUGACCGUGCACUGGAACGAAUCUCAUGUAUGGUACCAUUUUCACUUUCUCAAGGUAUAGUACUACUCCAUACCUUGAGGAUUCCCUGUCUGA